UUUCGUUUCCACGUAAUAUGUGUGUAUUGUAGCACUUUGCCACUUUUGUUACUUUUCCCCUCUCUUGCAUCUCCUCGCUCGCUCACAAUCGAAUAUUUCUGACGGAUAGGACGAUGGUGAUGAUCCAUGCCGUUUCGGUAUAUCAAUUACUUAUCAGUACAGGCGCCGAGUGAGCGACUGAGUGACUGAGAGCGAGACAGAUACAUCGACGUCGUGUGCUUCUUCUUCUUCUUCUUCUUUCCCUUUCUCUUCUUUCCAUCUCCUCCUUUCCUCCCUUCGUCUAUUUACCGUUACUCCUCUCUUCUUCUUUCUGCAUGGAUGUGUUUGCACAGCAAUUUUUUAAUGCGGGAAUUAUCGUCAUCAGCUAUGUUAAUUCCGUCAUUGGCGCGCUAACGACACUAGAACUCCUUACACAACGCACUCACUAUAAAGGCGCUUACAACUGGCUCCUGUUGUUAGCUGCAGCGAUUUCUAUGGGUGGCGUCGGCAUAUGGUCAAUGCAUUUUAUCGGCAACAAUUGCUUAACAAUCACAAUAGCAGCAGAAAACGACAGCAGCAGAACAUAUCAACUCGCAUACGGAGCAGGGUAUACCUUCGCCAGUCUUGUCGUCGCCAUCUUUUGCAUGUUUGUCUCGUUUGCAUUUGUUGGAGUUACCGAGGAAGCCAAGUUAAUACGAAUUGUUCCCAGUGGCAUCCUUGCUGGCUCUGGUAUUGCAUUGAUGCACUAUAUUGGUCAGUUUGCCGUCAAGUAUUUUAUUGCUCGUUACAAGGUUGCGUAUGUUGCUGGGGCUGUUAUUAUUGCAAUUGCUGCAGUUACUGUGGCCCUUUACAUAUUUUUUAAGCUUCGGGAGCAAUGGGCGAACCAAUGGUAUAAGCGGUUAGGCUGUGCCAUGCUGAUGGGUGUUGCUGUCUGUGGUAUGCACUAUACGGCCAUGGCCGGUACUGAGUAUAUGAUUCCAUCUGACACAGCCGUAGCUCCAGUCCCUUCUCUCAGUAUAGCAGCGCUUGUCGGCAUCAUAUCAGCUGUUGUUAUUGUUGGAUGCGCCAUCUUGCUAUAUGCCCUCGUGUUUCGACAGCGUGGACAGUUGUCUCUGAAAACAGCUAUUUCUGCAAGUGUCCAAACAGAAAAGGUUCAACGCCGACUGGUGCUGAAUUCGGUUGUUUUUGAUAACAAAGGGAAAAUAUUGGUGAAGGUUGAUGGCGUUUUACCGAAACGAACAGUCAUGGAUGACAUGAGCACACAUAUUGUGGGACCAUUCUCAACAUCGCAACCAUUAUUCUUUCGAUUGUUUGAAGCAACGACGCAAUGGACACGACAUCCCAAUAUCGAAAGCUAUAACGAUCCAAUCCUUCAGCAAUACUUGGAAGCAGCACAACAAUUGGCCGAAGAGCUUAAACUCUCGUCGGUUGCUGACUUGGGCAUCUUAUUCGACAGCGUAUUACAUGCACAAGCACCGGCGUACAAGCAUAAACCACGCAACCGAUUCUUUCCGGUAUCCAUCAGACGGAGCCCAAGCGCAACUAUCCGGCUACUUUCUAGAAAACAGCCUUCGUCGUCAAGGCCAGGCACGCCAUCGAGUAAUGGUGGACAGAACACACAUCAUACUAGCAUGCAAAUGCUCUUUGAGCAACAGCCGCAAUCACCGUCACCUCUUUCAGACCAACAAAGUCGGCAGCAGCAAGAGCUCGACCUUGAGCUGGGUGGCAUAGCCUCGUCUGCGGCAUCGCAAUUACAGGUAGAAGACGAAAAGCAAACCAACAACAUUUUAGGAGAUGUAUCAGCAGCAGAGGGAUACGACAGCGACGACGAACACAUUCUACUUGUCCGCAAAAUCGGUAACGACAAGGAACUUGCGGUCAAGCUGCUUUCCCAGGGUUUCCGUUUCGCAGACCCAGUAUUUAUUGCACGAAUCAUGGGCGCCAAACUUAAUUUGUCGGCUGAACACAUGCUGAGCUAUUUCAAAGACAUGAGAGCAAUGGUGGAGUCAACGCAUAUGGCUAUGCCGAUUUCUGCAAAAGGCUCACUCGAAAGUAGCAACAGCAACAACAACAACAACAAUAAUCCACCAGGAUCACCAUCACAGCAAUCUCCUUCUUCCAGCGUAUCAUCCACUCGCAGUCUCUCGAUGCCAUUUUCCAACAGACAACUUGAAGGUGGUGUUUACGUUGGAUUGCUUGCUUUGGUGGAAGAAAAGCAUCACCAUCCUCGCCAUCACCAGCAACCUGCAGCGGCGGCAGCAUCUAUAGACUUAAUGAGCGCUGCUGGUGGCGGCGGUAGUGGAAACCUAGAAAUUCUCGUGGACAAGAACCGCCACUUUUCGUUUCCAGUCGUUCCAUUGCGAUAUGAAGACGGCCAACAUGCAAUCCAACUAGGACGAGAAGAGAAAUCAUGCGUUCAUAACCUACAAGGACAGUCCAUGCUCGCAGUUUCCAUGUUGGAUUCCCAGUUACCGCACGAAACAAGUAGUCAAGACAGCGGCCAAUCGACCUCACCCAUUCUCCAGCAUCAUCGACAUAACAAUAAUAGUAGUAACAACAGUAGUAGUAAAAGUAAUACCACCAACAAUAAUAUAAGUGCCAGCAGCAGCAGCAACAACUUUGCUGCCGUCACCAGCAGUCUAUUUUCGCCUGCCACGAUUAUGGCGGGUAUCGGCGCUCCUUCACAAGCUCAACAAAACGCACAAAUCCGACGAUUCGUCAAGGCCUUGGGAACAGCUUGUAAAUCGCUUGUGCAGACAUCCAAUUAUGGAAAACUACUGGGCACAGGUGCUCGACUCCAUGGCGAAGUGCUGGAAAUCCCACCAUUCACAAUUAUUCCUGGUCCGUGCGAGCUAAUUUUAUUCCGCACACUCGUGACGAUCCCAGGCACCAAUACCGCUAUCAACCAAACACCUACCGAACCCAUCAAAUGCAUACCUCUCAAGCUCUUCAAAUCAUUCGCGUACCAUGUCACCGACCAAGCCAUUGAACUGUAUCGUCAAACAAAUUCCGUCACAGCAGCAUCCAUCGCAUCAAGGUCAUCGCCACAAAAUCGAUCCAGUAGUAGGAAAAAGUUCCCACAAUUGGUGGAAAAUGGAACAACUACUCUGGUGGAAACAUUUGCUGGUAGACGUAAUAAUAGCAAUAGCGGCAAAAACCGGUCAUCACCUUCACUUACAUCAUCGUCCAAUUCCUCAACGCGCGUGCAGGCUACUGCGGUUGAGCUCCCCAUUAUGGUCAAUUUAAUGCCAACCCAAGCAAGGUUUUUAUGGCUCGAUUUGAUGGUCGAGGAAACUUUGCAAGCAAACAAGUCUCAUCGUCGAUAACAACAAUUAAGAAUGUAUUUAUUGCAAAAACAAACUCACAUUCCCUGUCAGUUUUGCGUGUAUCAUAAAGAACAGAUAAAAUACCAAGAGGACCGAAAAGACAAUAAAGGUCACAGCAUUAUUCGCAUCUUACGUCUG